AUUUAUUUAUUUAUUUCGUCAGAACCAACCAACCAACCAACAAACCAAUAAACCAUCAUGAGAGUCGUCACACAAACCGAACAAGACAAUGCUAGCAGAUAUGCCAUGAAGGGUUGGUUCAUCGGAAUGGCACAAUGGGCUGGUGUCGGUCUCUUUGUUUCUGGACUCGCCUACUCUUUCUUCCCAUGGUACCGUAAGACACAAACUGUAAACAAGUUUUAUAUUGUAAUGUGCUUCUCUCUUGGUGGUGGAGCCUACAAGUCUGAUCGUUACAUGGUAAACUUUGAGCGCAGAGGACGCGCCGCUAUGUUGGACGAGUCGACCCGUAAGAGAUACGACAUCCUUUACGGUGGAAAGGACAAGGAAGUCGAAGAGACCAAGAAGGUCCUUGAGACUCCUAGCCAAACCACAGCACAUAUUACAACCGAUAUUACAACCACCACUGUCACCACUGUCACCAUCGUCACCACCGUCACAACCAUCAAUCCUAUUAUUAUUCAACCACAUCCUGUUUACAAAAAAAUAUUAAAUAAUAAAAUUAAAUCAUUGUUCAUGAUUCUCAAUAGAUAUGUUGAGACAUCUAUGGCCAGCGAAAAAUCUCUCAGAUUUAUGACCUUUAACGUCCGUCACGACCAUGGCAAAGAGUCUACUCUUCAAGCCUUUGCUGCCCCACCCGAGAUAGCCCAAGAGGGUGGAUUGGAUCACGAACAACCCUGGUCUAUUCGCAAGUGGAAAAUUGCUGACACUAUCCUUCUCUAUUCUCCAGACAUCGUCGGUAUUCAGGAACCCGUACUUCAUCAAGUAACAGACUUAGAGUCAUUGCUCAACGACGAGUACGAAUGGGUUGGUGCCGGUAGAAAUGACGGAAAGGAGGAAGGUGAAUAUUGCGCCGUGUUUUACAAAAGAGAGCGUAACAGUGGAAAGUUGGGCUUUGCACUGGUUGUCCGAGGUAUUUCAGAUAAAAUUACCCCUACAGUUCCUGGAAGCAAAGGAUGGGACGCAUCUCACCCCCGUAUUGUCACCCAAGUAGAAUUCAAGAGAAACGACGGCAGUCAGUUCACUCUUCUUAACGCCCAUUUUGACCACAAGGGUAUUGAAGCUCGUAAGGGUGCGGCCGAUUUCUUGCUCAAGCACACAAAGGAUAUUCAAAAGGUUGUUGUUCUUCUUGGAGACUUCAACUCUCCCGAAGACGAUCCUGCCUACUUGAGCCUUACAGGAGCCCAUUAUGAAGGCCGCAAGGACCAAAACUCUACUCUGAACCAUCUUGAAGACCUUAACCAGAAGCUUGCCUCGGCUUUUAGUCGUCGAACCGGCCGCCCUGUCCGGACAACCGAAAAUAACAUCACUUUACCCACCCACCAUGUUUUCCGAAGAGGUAUGCUCAAGCACCUCACCGAACAGGGGCAACAGAAUCUGGAUCAGGAUCAGGAGCCCGUCUUUUUAGACGCAAGAUAUGAGCUGGUCACACGUCUGACAGAUGAAAGAGCGGUUGGUUCUCUGAGUGGUCCUUUUGGAUUUGCAGAGACCUUCACAAGCUUCGGUGUAGGUAUUGAUGCAGAGAACGCCCCAUUGAGAUUAGAUUAUAUCAUGAUUUUGAAGAAUUCUUCCAAGGUCAAGGUCAAAACUUUUGCCGUCCUUCCCAAUCAGUACGACGACAACCUUUAUAUUAGUGAUCAUCGCCCUGUACUGGCUACAUUGGCCUGGUAAAACGUUUUUGUUUUUUUCUUUGUUUGUGUGUUUUUUUUUAUAUUUGUCUUUACUUCUUUCUUUGAAAGAUUAAUACUACAAUAAAGCGGAAGUUAGUUGAAGAGGU